CAGAAGGAAGCUCCCUUCAUCCAUCAUCUUUCUGGUUUUAGGGAUUUAUUUUCAGUGGCCAUGUAUGAAGCAUGACGAAUUGGAUGCGAAGCAUGGCAUUAGGAGUUGGAACAGGCACUGCUCUUCUCUCCAGGACUUCCAUGGUUGCUCUCUUCUCCUCUUCCUUUAAAAAACCAAUCUCCUUCUCUACCCUCAGAAUGCCUCUCUUUCUCUUCUCUUUCCUCCCUCCUCCUCAUCGCUCGCUCUCAGCUCCGGCAGCUACUUUAGCUUCCGUUCCUUCUAUGAAUGACGACAAUACCCCCGAUUUUGGGGACAGUGACCGGACUGCUGUUUCUAGAAAUGGUUCCAAGUUGCUUCUUAAAGGGAUGACUUACACUGAGCUUGAAAAAUGGGUCCAGUCGCAUGGAUACAGGCCUGGGCAGGCUAUGAUGUUAUGGAAACGCAUGUAUGGAAACAACAUUUGGGCAUAUCAUAGCGAUGAAUUGGAAGGUUUGAACAAAGAUUUCAAGAAGAUGUUAAGUGAAAACGCUGAGUUCAGGGCUCUUAGUCUGAAAGAAAUUCGCACGGCAUCUGAUGGAACUAGGAAGAUUUUAUUCACAUUGGAUGAUGGACUUGUCAUAGAAACAGUCAUCAUUCCUUGUGAUAGAGGCCGAAAUACUGUAUGUGUUUCAAGUCAAGUAGGAUGUGCAAUGAACUGCCAAUUUUGCUAUACUGGAAGAAUGGGCCUUACGAGACAUCUGACUGCAGCAGAAAUUGUAGAGCAGGCUGUUUUUGCUCGUCGCCUGCUUACAAGUGAAGUUGGCUUAAUCACAAAUGUUGUCUUUAUGGGCAUGGGAGAACCACUUCAUAACAUUGAUAAUGUGAUUAAAGCUGCAGAUAUUAUGGUGCAUGAGCAAGGGCUUCAUUUCAGCCCUCGCAAGGUCACUGUUUCAACCAGUGGGCUUGUUCCACAAAUCAGACGUUUUCUUCAUGAAUCUAACUGUGCAUUAGCUGUUAGUUUGAAUGCAACAACUGAUGAGGUGAGGAACUGGAUCAUGCCAAUAAACCGCAAGUAUAAAUUGGACUUGCUUCUUCAAACUCUCCGGGAGGAACUACGCUUCAAACAUAAUUAUAAAGUUCUAUUCGAGUAUGUCAUGCUUGCUGGAAUUAAUGACAGUGAUGAGGAUGCAAAGAGGCUUGUUGAUCUUGUUAAGGGCAUUCCUUGCAAGAUCAAUCUCAUCUCCUUCAAUCCGCAUAGUGGAUCACUGUUCAGACCGACUAAAGAUGAAAGGAUGAUCGAAUUCCGAAACAAGCUGGCGGAAGCUGGGUGCACCGUGUUUUUACGGCUAAGUAGAGGUGAUGAUCAGAUGGCUGCCUGUGGUCAACUUGGUAAGCCUGGCACUAUUCAGGCUCCAUUGCUCCGAGUGCCACAGCAAUUCCGAAUGGCAGUUGGAAGUUCUGCUUGAAUCUUCAUGGGAUUUUUCCUUUGUAGGCAGAAUAUACCACAUUAUUUGGAGGACUAAUUAACAAACAAGGUUGAACAACUAAAUACAUACUCAUUUCUAUGUUUAGGAACUUCUUGUAAAUUUGUUUGGGUGGGGUCUAAUGUGGCACGAAAUCCUUGCUCAAGAAUGCUCCAGGACUUGGAAGCUAAACAUGUUAUAUGACAUGUCCAAUUCGCCUAUUGUAAUUCUCAAAUUUUAGGAUGAAUUGAUUUUCAUGUAAAGGAGCCAAAUUUGCUUUUUCA